UGGCUACUGCUUCCUGUUAGCUUGUAGUCAGUCAAACGACAUCGACUUGAUAAGGACCUGUUAUUGUUUUAUUAAAUGUAACAAUGUGUGAAACAAAUACACGUCUGGAUGGCAAGGUUGCCAUCAUAACUGGAGGUAGCACUGGUAUCGGAUACGAAGCAGCUAAGGCUCUGGCUAACAAAGGAGCAAAAGUUAUCAUCGCCAGCCGCAAUGAAACAAAACUAAUCAGAGCAAGAGAUAGAAUAGAACAAAUAACAGGUAACAAAAACAUUACAUACAAACUCCUGGAUCUAGCAUCUUUGAAUUCCGUUAGAAAUUUUGCCAAUGAUACGUUAGAUAUAGAAGAACGAGUAGAUAUAUUAAUCAACAAUGCGGGAGCUGUAGGACUUCCUGACAAAUUAACAGCAGACGGACUCAAUCUUACGAUGCAAGUGAACUAUUUUGGUGCUUUUCUACUUACGUAUUUAUUGCUACCUAUGCUGAAGAGUUCAGCACCAAGUAGAAUAAUCAACAGUUCAGCCGCAUCAAUGUACAUCGGACACAUAGAUUUCGAUCAUUGGAACGACAUCGGGCUUUACACUUCAAUCGAGGUUUUAGCGAACUCAAAACUAGCUGUAGCGUUAUUUACAGCCGAAUUGGAUCGAAGACUUAAAGGAACUGGUGUCACGGCAAAUACAAUUGACCCGUUUAUAGUCCGUGAUACAAAUAUUCUGAAUAAUCUUCCGAGUUUGACGAAAAACAUAUCGCAAUUAUUUGUGGAUGUGAUCGGUCAGCCGAAAGAAGAUGUUGGAAAGCAAAUCGCUCUGCUAUCCGCUGAACCUGAGCUAGAAAAAGUUAGUGGGGAACAUUACAAAUUUUGUCAGAAGUGGAUAAACCACUGGUUGGUUAGUGAUCACCAAUUGACCAAGGAAUUAUGGGAAACAUCGAAAAAUGUUGUACAUUUGUCACAAGAUGAAGAUUGGGAGAAGAAUGAUAUUUAAUUUUUUGUGGUUUCUUGUCUAUUUUAUCAACAAAAUAUGGAUGUAACGAAUUAAAAUGACUAUUAGUUUUAUGAUUAUAUAUCACUACUAAUCAUUAUCCGCAAUCAUUUUUGGUUGUGUUUUUGUUAGAGAUGUAAAAAGUAAGUAUAUAACAUUUAAAGAAAUAAAACAAAUAUACCUCUUUAUAAUAUAAAAGCCAUACGAAUAUGAAAAAUGCGAGUCUGUCUGCAUGAAAUAUAAACUAAUCAAGAUAAAAUAAAAGUCACUUGCGUUUGUUAUUUGUUUCACAUGUGUAUCGAUAGAUAACAUUAAUUUUCAUGGAUUAAUUACAAUGAAAUUAAUAAUUUAAAAAAAUUAGUAAUCGUAGACAGAGAAACAAAUAGACCAAGGGGCCGUGAAACCGCGAUUGAGACAGAGAUAGAUUGUUAAUGUGUGCGUAUAAUGUAGAAAAAGUAACAGUCCCUGUUUUGGGAGAUAGUAAUUUUCAGGAUUUAAUUAAAACAAAAUAAGUUUAUUAAAUUUUACUUUUUAAUAUUUAUUAUACAUUUUUUUAAUCAGAA